CUUUAAAAGAGGAGCUUCCUCAGAAUCGGCGCUGAUUCCAGACGUGCAGUGCCAUGAGGGCCGUGGUGCCUCUGCUGUCCCUGCUCCUCCUGGGUGUCCAGGCCCAACAUGGGUCUGAUUGGACCUACUCAGAGGGGGCCCUGGAUGAAGAUCACUGGCCGCAGCACUACCCGGCCUGCGGGGGGCAGAAGCAGUCACCCAUCGACCUGCAGAGGCGGAAGGUGAGGUACAACCCUGCCCUGAGGAGGCUCAACCUGACAGGCUACGAGACCCAGGCGGGCGAGUUUCCCAUGACCAACAACGGCCACACAGUGCAGAUCAGCCUGCCCCCGACCAUGCUCAUGACAGCCGCCGAUGGUACUGUGUACAUAGCUCAGCAGAUGCACCUUCACUGGGGUGGCGCUUCCUCGGAGAUCAGUGGCUCCGAGCACACAGUCGAUGGGAUCAGACAUGUCAUCGAGAUUCACGUUGUUCACUACAAUUCUAAAUACCAGAACUACGACAUAGCCAAAGAUGCACCAGAUGGUUUGGCUGUACUGGCAGCCUUUGUGGAGGUGAAGGAUCACGCUGAAAACACGUAUUACAGCAACUUCAUUUCUCAUUUGGCCAAUAUCAAGUAUCCAGGACAAAGCACAACUCUGACUGGCCUUGACAUUCAAGACAUGCUGCCACAGAACCUCCAGCAAUACUAUAGCUACCAGGGGUCGCUCACCACUCCUCCCUGUACUGAGAAUGUCCACUGGUUUGUGCUGGCAGAUUAUGUCAAGUUGUCCAGGACUCAGGUUUGGAAGCUGGAGAAUUCCAUAUUGGAUCACCAGAACAAGACCAUCCACAAUGAUUACCGCAGGACCCAGUCCCUGAACCACAGAGUGGUGGAGGCUAACUUCAUGUACCACCCUAAUCAGCAAUACAUUCUAGGUUCUGACUUCCUGUUAUACCUAAACAAGAUAGACAAAAACCUCGAGUACUUGAGAAGAUUUUCUGAACAGAAGAAAGCUAAGAGAAGGAGACAACAUUAA